UUCCAUUGGUCAUUUGGUUCCAAUUUCCUCUCUAUAAGAACCCAAAGGUCUCACUAGAUUUUGUACUACAGUACUCAGGCAAAAACAUUUUUUAAAUUAUCUUCUCUAAAUACAUUUCUUUCAAGAAAUCAAAAAAAAAAAAAAAAAUGGCUGGCAAAAUUGCAUGUUUCCUGGUUCUGUGCAUGGUGGUGGUUGCACCCCAUGUAGAGGCAUUUACCUGCGGUCAGGUUCAAGCUGGCGUGGUUAAGUGCCUCCCUUAUUUGCAGAAUCGUGGUCCUGUGGGUCAGUGUUGUGAUGUUGUUAAAGGUCUGUUGAAUUCUGCUAAGACCACACAGGACCGUAGGACUGCAUGCAGUUGCCUAAAAGCAGAUGCUAUUGCAAUCAAGGGCAUUGACAUGCGCAAAGCUGCUGCUCUCCCUGGUACAUGUGGUGUCACAAGUCCCUUCAAGAUUAGCCUCUCCACUGACUGCAGCAAGGUCCAGUGAGUCCGAUGAAUAGUGCAGUUCGCCACCACAUAACAUUGGUGGUUGUGCCAUCAUGCGGCAAAGAAUAAGAUACAUAUGGAUCGAGUUUGGUCCUGCUUAAUUAUGGGUCGUGUCUUCUUGUCUUUUUUUCCCCUUUUUUGUGUCAUAGUCAAGUCUUGUAAUAAAACUUUGGUGGUUGGUUGUUCUACCAUCCAAUCUUGAUAAUAUAUAAUAUCAGUUUUAGUUCAA